GACCUGCCCCGCCACCGCGCGCCGUGCCCGGACGUGGGUCCACUCGCGACUGCUGAGACCUCGGACUAGCCGCGUCCGAUCUUCCAAGCGGCGGCGGCGGCGGCGGCGGCGCGGCUGUUGCUAAGGAGGGGACGCGCGGGGCAGCACGGCCCGAGCGGCGGACGGCACCGAGCGCGGCCUCCUGAGCGGCGCCCCCUCCUGCGGACCCUCCCCCACGCCCGGCGCCCGUGAGAGCAGCGGCGAGUGCCGCCCCCGCCCCCGGAAGGCGCCCCGACGAGCCCACGCGACCCCGGAGCGCUGCUCGGAUCCGUGACUGCUGGCCUCCUUCCGCUCCGCCCCGAGGACUUUGUCGGAGGGGACGCGCGCGGACCGCCCCCCCAGGGGAGCCCCCCUCCCCGCACGGCCCGGAGGCGCGGCGAGGAUUGGCGGCGCCCCGCGGACCCCAGCCCUCCUGCGCGGGCCGGGGAUGGAGCCGCAGCCCGGCGGCGCUCGGAGCUGCCGGCGCGGGGCCCCCGGCGGCGCCUGCGAGGUGGGCCCGGCGGCCGAGGCGGCGCCCAUGAGCCUGGCCAUCCACAGCACGACGGGCACCCGCUACGAGCUGUCCGUGCCCCCGGACGAGACGGUGGAGGGGCUGCGCAAGCGGCUGUCCCAGCGGCUCAAAGUGCCCAAGGAGCGCCUGGCGCUGCUCCACAAAGACACCCGGCUCAGUUCGGGGAAGCUGCAGGAGUUCGGCGUGGGGGAUGGCAGCAAGCUGACGCUGGUGCCCACCGUGGAGGCGGGCCUCAUGUCGCAAGCCUCGAGGCCGGAGCAGUCGGUGAUGCAGGCCCUGGAGAGCCUGACCGAGACGCAGCCCCCAGUGGCGCCCGGGCCGGGCCGGGCUGGCGGAGGCGUCUUCCGGAAAUACCGAUUCAUUUUAUUUAAGCAUCCGUGGCACCGACAGGGACCCCAGAGCCCAGAGAGGGGCGGCGAGAGGCCCCAGGUCAGUGACUUCUUGUCCGGCCGCUCGCCGCUGACCCUGGCGCUGCGCGUGGGUGACCACAUGAUGUUCGUCCAGCUGCAGCUUGCCGCCCAGCACGCCCCACUGCAACACCGCCACGUGUUAGCCGCAGCCGCUGCCGCAGCCGCCGCGGCCCGGGGGGACCCCAGCAUGACCGCCCCCGUGUCCUCUCCCUGCCGGCCCGUGUCCAGUGCUGCCCGAGUCCCCCCGAUGUCCAGCAGCCCUGCCCCUGCGUCCCCCUCACCUGUCACAGCUGGCUCUUUCCGAUCCCACUCAGCUUCUACUACCUGCCCCGAGACUUUGGAUUCCAGGGGCUGUCCUUGCACCCUGCAGCUUACGGGCCUCCCUCCCCCUGACCAGCAGAUGGACUGCUCCCCGCCUGCCAGUUCUGGUGCCAGCCCCACUUCCACCCCCGGGGGGAGCCCUACCUCCCGCUCCCGCAAACCCGGCGCUGUCAUUGAGAGCUUCGUGAACCACGCCCCGGGGGUCUUCUCAGGGACCUUCUCUGGCACACUGCACCCCAACUGCCAGGACAGCAGCGGGCGGCCACGGCGUGACAUCGGCACCAUCCUACAGAUCCUCAAUGACCUUCUGAGUGCCACACGGCACUACCAGGGCAUGCCCCCGUCCCUGACCCAGCUGCGCUGCCAUGCUCAGUGCACACCCGCCUCGCCUGCCCCGGACCUCACCCCCAAAACUACCUCCUGUGACAAGCUGGCGGCCACAGCCCCGGCCUCCCUGAGCCAGGCCCGCAUGUGCAAGCCCCUGGGGGACCGGCUGCGGCAGACGGAGAACCGCGCCACGCGCUGCAAGGUGGAGCGCCUGCAGCUGCUGCUCCAGCAGAAGCGGCUCCGCAGGAAGGCCCGGCGCGACGCCCGGGGUCCCUACCACUGGCCGCCCAGCCGCAAGGCCGGCCGCAGCGACACCAGCGGCGGCGGGGGAGGCGGCGGCCCCAGCGAGGCCUCCGGCCUGGGCCUCGACUUCGAGGAGUCCGUCUGGAAGCCGGAAGUGAACCCCGACAUGAAGUCCGAGUUUGUGGUGGCCUAGGAACCGCGUCCCUCGCCCCAGCAGCCUGGGCCCACGGUCCCCGGCGAGGCCUGCGCGCGGAGGGCAGGCGGCCGGGCAGCGGGAGGCCCCUCCCUCCCCGCCAGCUUCCUUCUGGUUUUUUUGUUUUCUCGUUUUGUUGGUUUUUUUGUUUUGUUUUUUGUUUGUAUUUUUUUUAAUUUCCAUUCUUACCAUGGUUUUCCAAACUCUCCGUGGACUUGGCUCCUGCCUCCCUGUUCCCCGCCUCUUCCUCCCGUCGUCGCGGCUCCCGUCCUCGGCCUGAGCUGGGUCCUUCCCCGCCCACUUCCCAAGCUCCAAUAUGUAGCAGUCACUCCAGAUGGUUGAGAGUGGGACGAGACGAGGAAGCCGCCCCCACCCCUUCAGGUUGAAGUCAAAAACGUAGAUGCCUCAUGAUGCACUUUACAGACGGGCAGGGCCUGGGAGGGAAGUCCCGCUGCAGCUGGCGGCCCGCGGCCCGGCGACGGAGCCGGCCUGCACGCUGCUCGGCCGCUUCUCCUCCACAUCUGUGCUUUUUUCUCUUGGUCUCUUUUUCCAGGAAAAAAAAAAAGAAAAGGCGCUUCAGUAGGCUGGCCCCAGCCUGCCUUGGGGUUCAGGUGGGGGCGUGGGGCCCUCUCCUAGUAGGGAAGAGAGAGGGAGGGGGACAGACCAGCCGCCAGCCUUCGCGUCCACGCACUGUGCCAUUUCCUCCUGCCCCACCCCCUUUUUGUUCUGAGCUUGGGGUAUUUAUAGACUAUUAAUUUUCUGAGCCAAUAGUGGUUGGGAGUCUCUUGAAAACUCGGGAGAGAAAUGGUUGGGGGCACAGGGGAAAUGACCCCCAGCCCUCCUUCCUGGCCCAACCUGAGGGAUCUGGGCCUGUGGCUGUGUCUGCAGGCCCUCUGGCAGCCAGGAGGGGAGGGGGUGCUGAGCUGUGAAGCCCCCGGUAGGGGUGACGCUGUGUAGCAUUAACCCCCUUGGGGGGGGUCGCUGCUGGUUUAAAUUGGACCCUCCCCACUCAUGCCCUUAACCCCAGAUUCCCCUGGGGCAGAGGGACAAGCCCCCUACUGGGGCCAUUUCAAUGGGGGUGGAGUUUUUUUUUUUCAUUCACGUAUUUUUUACUGAUAAUGGAGAUGAUCGGGCCCUGCCCCCACCCCCAGUCUUGUCCUUGCCCCAACUUUCUGUCCUCCAGACACCCCCACCCCCCACCUGUUCCUUCAUCCUAUUGUAGGUGAAUCCCCCCCCAUUAUGUGUUUAAAGUUAAUGGUUUCGGAUGUGAACAUCAUGUGUUAACUGUAGCUCUGUAAACUUUUUUGUGGGGUGGGGUGGGGAGGGAGGGAUCAGAGGGUAGGGGUCAAGGAUUUGUUUUUUGUUUGUUUUCAUUUUCCAAAAAAAAAAAGAAAAAGGAGAAAAAAGGAGUGGGUUUGUUUUUGAAGAACUGUCUUGGAUACCUAUUUAAAUGUGUUCUGUUUUGUUUUUUUUUUAACGAUUUUUAAAUAACACCUGUGCCUCCGCGGGUCUGAGGGUGGAGGCCCCAGGCAGGAACCAGCCCGCCCCCCUCUGCCCUCACCAGGGCUCCCCCAAGAAAGCAUUACCCACCCUCGGGGUUCGGGCUGUGGGGUGUCCCGGCACCUUGCGUGAGUUUCCUGUAUGAAAACAAAAUUGGGAAAGAUAAACCUAUACCAACACCGUGAUUUCAAGUAAUAAACAGAAAAUGAAACAAGUGAA